UAAAAGUGUAUGGAUAGGUAUUAACGUGAAAGAUUUUUAUGUCGGUGUUGUGUUGAGUAGUUUUGGUAUAUAUUGUAUCAUACGCAAAGCGUCUUGUUUGGAGCUUAUAACUGAUACUCUCAGAAAAUCAGCUGCAGUUUUCAUAGACGUUCAGAUAUAAAGAAAUUUGUUACUUUAUAGCACGUCUGUGAUCUCAUAUAAUUCACACAACGAUUAAGCGAAGCAGAGAAUUUUUAUUUAUACUGCAGUUAUUACUAAAUAACUGGAGUGAAGAUUCUGUGAUCAGAUCUAAUUCUGUGAGGCGUUUUAAUUUCUCACACGCUGCCACUCGAAGCGAAGAACAAUGGAAUCCCAGGAAGAGUGUUUUGUCAUUGAUGAUUUAAACCGAGCUGGUGACGCCGUGUCGGGUCUAUAUGGUGAAACAUGUGAUUCUUUCGAUUCUGAACUUCAUCUGGUGUCAGUGGACAACAUGCUUAGUCUAGAUGCAUUACUCGCAGAUCUCCAGAACACGAUAUCCCCAACCAAUGGGUUGACGUCACCCGGUAGUGGGUCCGGUUCUGGAUAUGGAUCGCUGAAUGGCACCCGGGGACGAGAUCCUGUAGGAUAUGGAGGAGAUUAUGGCACAACAAGGAGCGUCACCUCGGAGCGGUAUGAGACGCGGCACUCCCAGGGUCCGGUGUCGCCCACUUACCAAAAUCAGAGAGUGAUCCAGGAAACAGUUACAACUACAAAGACAGCAUAUCCACAGAGUCCACCAGGAAAGAUGGCCUCCUUAAAUAAUAAUCUAUCUGAACUAGAUACAUUAUUGCAGGACCUGAGUAAUGCUCAUUACGCUGGCUAUGUAGAGAGGAGAGAUGUUAGCCUUGUAAAUGGCUCCCCUACUGCAGCAAUGGUCACAAAGUCAAGUCAUGAAUCUAGGGUACGGCCUUCUGUGGACAGUUUGCUGGAUGAGCUUAAUACAGCUGUUCCCAAUGGGGAAGUGGGCGACGGUCGUCAUGUGACUCGAACAAUCGCAGUCCAUGAAACACAGGCAGAAAUGGGUUAUCCUGGUGCUUCUAAUUCAGGUGCAUCUUCAGCUACAAAGGAAUUGGAUGACUUGAUGGCAUCUCUCUCUGAUUUCAAGAUUAAUGCUAGUACCCAUCAGCACCAAACUGUGACAGACUCGCCUUACGCAAAGCCAAACAAGGCAACCAAGAGCUCACCAAGUCCACAGCCUACAGCAAAUCUCCAGACUCAGCAAUUGACUACAUCAGUGGUGCUCCCUACUGGUGGAAGUGGAAAACAGAACCAGUUGGAUUCCAUGCUUGGCAAUCUUCAGGCAGACAUGAGCCGUCAAGGUGUUAACACUACGCAGAAGGGCUGCUGUAAUGCUUGUGACAAGCCCAUUGUUGGGCAGGUGAUAACAGCAUUGGGAAAAACCUGGCAUCCAGAACAUUUCACAUGUACCCACUGCAACCAGGAGCUGGGUACCCGCAACUUUUUCGAGCGUGAUGGCCAUCCAUAUUGUGAGCCUGACUAUCACAACCUGUUUUCACCUCGUUGUGCGUACUGCAAUGGGCCUAUUCUUGAUAAAUGUGUAACUGCACUUGAAAAAACAUGGCACACUGAACAUUUUUUCUGUGCCCAAUGUGGGAAACAAUUUGGUGAAGAAGGAUUUCAUGAACGGGAUGGCAAACCGUACUGCAGGGAUGAUUAUUUUGAUAUGUUUGCACCGAAAUGUGGUGGCUGUAACAGGCCAAUUAUGGAGAAUUAUAUCUCUGCUUUGAACAGCCAAUGGCACGCUGAUUGCUUUGUCUGCAGGGAUUGUCGUCAGCCAUUCCAUGGAGGAUCAUUUUUUGAUCAUGAGGGUUUGCCAUAUUGUGAAACACAUUACCAUGCAAAGAGAGGGUCGCUUUGUGCUGGGUGCCAUAAACCAAUCACAGGCCGUUGCAUCACAGCCAUGUUCCGCAAAUUUCAUCCUGAACAUUUUGUGUGCGCCUUCUGCCUCAAACAGUUAAACAAGGGGACAUUCAAGGAACAAAACGAUAAACCAUAUUGCCAUGCUUGCUUUGACAAGUUGUUUGGGUGAGCAGAGACCCAUAUGCUGUACUGGGUUUGUGAUCUUGUAGGGUGUUACAUUUAUCUCUAGCCUGUAUUCUUUUAUGGGUAUCUCAUAGUUAUUAAUAAUGUAGGUCUGAAUAAACAUUUAUCAACAGGUGGCUGCUGAACAAAUCCAAGGCCAUUGAAGCAAUAAUAACAUGAUGGCUCCCCCCCCCCCUGCACACUUGACACACCAAAUGCUGCAGAAGCUUAAAAUUUGCUUUAUAUGUAUACAUGUAUGGGAAAUUCAUAUACCAUUGCAUCAUUAUGUUGAUUCAUGUAAUUAUAUGAACAGUUGUUCUUGAAGUUUGUGAUUUGGUUGAUUGCAUGUAGAGAGACAUAUUUCAUAUUGCACUUUACAAAACUUCAUUGUUUACUCCUGGAUAAAUAGAUAAUUUAUAAUAUUUUGGAGACUUCAGGUUUUCAUGGUAUUUAGUGAUAUACUUAUCUCCAUUUUUGAGUGAUGAUAUUGUUUUGUGGUAAGUAGGUUUGCCAUUCUUUCAGAGAAAUUAGUAGUAUUCAUCUUUAGUUCUUCUUAUAAUUAUACCUUGUAUUUAGUGUGUAAUUAACACAUUUGUCUUUGAUAACAACAGUAUUUAGUUUUGUAGUCACAGUUUACAUGUAUUUAAUUGUCAUCUUCAUCAUAUUCUUUUGUUUAAUAUUUGACAUCGUAUCCAUUUCUCUAUAUACUGAAUACUCAUAGUUGAGGCCAUUUACUUCAUCUGUACAUGGGUCUGAGGAUCCAGCACAAGACAAAGUGACUGGUGGCACUGUUGGCCGUAUUUAUAGUAAUGGGCUCUGAGAUAGUAGCUCAGUGAUGUAAGUAUAUGAACUAAAUCUGCUACCAGUCCCUCUACUUCACUCUGAUGAUGGGACUUAAAAUUUGUCCAAAAUGUUGGCAGACUGACCCAUUACAAUACAGUGUACAAGUGCCCAACCAAAAAUGGAAAAAAUAAGUAUUACAUCACGGUGUUUAACAUAGUUCAAGAUUUAAUUGUGUCUCAAGAUUUGUAUUAUGUCUCAGUAAUGUUUCUCUGUAUGAAUUAUUGUCAGCUGUUUGCCAGCAUAGCAGAAAGACCUUAUAUUGCAUUCCAUAUAUCUUGAUACAUUAUUCAAAUUGAGUGUUGUUAUUUAAAAUACACACUGUUAUCUGGAUGACUUUGAUAUAAUUUUUGUGCUCUGGUAGAACCUUUAACACAUUGAAUACUGGUACAUACUGACCUUAAUAAUAUCUUGGUUUUCAGUUCAGUCAGUGGGGAGUCAUCAUAGACAUAUUUGUUUUCAUAGACUCCACUGCUUACCCAGUGGAGUAUUAAUCUUAUGUGCAAGUGUCAUUGAGAUUCAUUUUGUUGAUAUGUGUUGGCAUAAUUUUUUAAUAUGGUGAUGUUUUCUUGAAGGAAAAUGUUUGUCAUGCAUUACUUUAAGUAGAAUUUAUUUUAGUAACGUAAAGUUCAUAUCAUGAUGUCCUUUCCGGGUUCCUGUAAAAGCAGUCAUUAGAUUGCAUGUGAACUUACGGAUACAUAGAAGGAAGACGUUUGGGUUAGAUGACCAUGCCAUCUCUCAGCAAGCAUUUUUUAUGGAUAUCAGUUUAUAAAAAGCAUGACCAACAUCAUUUUCUCACACAGAGACUUGUCAUUUACUAUUAGUACAGAUGGUUUUAAAACCUACGCUUCAUAAUCACUGAGAACCAUAAAAUGCACUAUGCUAAAACCAAUGCUUGUUAUAAUCACUGUAGGAACCACAUACAAGAAGUCAUUAAAUAUAUGGAAUAGACAUAUCAAUGA